AUAGUUUAAUCAAGUAGAUUUUGGGUUUAAGGAACUGUAUAUGCAUGUCGGGUUUUAUUAAUUCACUUUGAGCAGCCAAUUUUUAUGUUGUUUCCUUUUUUAUGUUGGAUUGGAUUUGUUUUCUUCUUCUUCUUAAAAUUCUUAAAAUUUUAAGUUUCACGUAAUUUUGGUUAACACGGCAAUGAAUGAUCUUCGGCAUCGACUUCUACAACAAAACUGAAAAUUAAGUCUCAAACGCUAAAUAACCAAGCAAGUGUGUGUGAAGUGAUAACAACUCUUCUCUCAAGGAGUCUUCUCUACUUAAAAACAAAACAAAAACGCUUUCAGCUAUAAACAAAAACAAAACUCAUACAUACAUUUCCAAACAAAACAAAUAAAUCUCAAAUCUUCUGCUUGGCAUGACCUAUUCCGAGGAGUUGGUCUUCAAUUCUUCUCUUCUUUUGCUAUAAACAAUGUUUCGCCUAUUGAUCUAUGCAAACAAAACAGCCGGUACCAAAUUGCAAGACUUGGCGACCUCUGGGCUGGAAAGUGCUUUCGCAACUCUGUUAACUUUGAUAAUAUUCUCUGCUAAUUUUCUAAUGCUGCUGCUGCAAAAAACAAAAAAGCGCUCGAACACAAAACAAAACAAAAAAUAACGCUGAUGCAGCAACAUCUUAACUUUCGACGCUUCCUCUUAAUCCGCUUCUUCUUCUGGGUUGUGUCAACUACAUCAACAUGAGACGGCCACGAGCGAAAGCCUGGCCCCCAUGCAGACCCAACGGCCGGUCGAAUCCAAAGCGGCCCUUGAAUUGCCCCAACAGCAGUCGUUGUUAGUUUCACAGCACCAGCUGAUCGAGCAGGAAACGAUUCGCAGUCAGCAAACUGCUCCGCAAAAGCAACAAGUUAAUGUCAAACUGACGACGAGAGAAGCCAUCGUCACCGAUCACCAGCAACAAGUCCAGCACGGCUCUGAUUAUCACGUACCGAAACCAACGACCGUCUCGCUAGAGGCAAAGAUUGUUCCUAGCAAUCAAGGUAAAGCCGCGCAAGUUACGGAAACUCAAACGGGCUCGUUUGCUGGACAAUUCCAAACGGCCGAUCAAAUCAGAGAAACUGCACAACUUUCAAUGUCUUCCAUGGAAACGGCUACCGUCAGUCACGUGUGGGACUACAGGAAAGAAGCUGAUUGGGUCCCGACUAGCGCCCAACCUGCCAAAAAGACGGCCCAAGCAGUUGCGUCAUCGGAACUACGUUCCGUUCAAGUCGAACAAACUCAAACCGUCGAAGCGGGAGGCCAGCUUGAUGUGACCGAGGCUUUAAUGGCAGACUCAACAUCUUCGAUCACGCCUUUGCUGGAAAUGUCGUCUCUUUAUUCAGCGCAAAUAUUCCAGAAGGAAAAGCCUCUCGAACAAUUUGUGAGGGGUCAAAGCCAGUCUGCCCGUCCCGUUGCUCCAAGCGAGCGACGGACCGUUCAAGUUUCACAAGUCCAAACCAGCAUUCACGAAAGUCCACUGGACAUCGUACGGCCAGUAGAACAAACGGCAAAGAGCAGUUUGCCUCAGUCGGAAGUAGCUGUCAAAACAGAAGACGUGGUCAUGGACUAUUGCGUGCCCCAAAAACAGCUGGCCAUGGAAACAGCCACGCCCAAUGUGAGUUUCACCGAACAACGGGCAGUGUCCGUCGGUCACGUCAUCGAGUCGGGAAUUCAAUCAAGUCUAUCAGCUGAUUCGAGGCCUGAAGAAAAAACGGCCAUCCGAUCGAUUCCGGAGCACGUCCAGAUGGGCGUGGCCAGCGUCCAGGUGGCAUACAAAGAAGGAUUGCUGGACGAUUUCGUUACGGCUCAAAGCCAACGGGCCAAAUCAAUGACGGAUGAACAGCGAACGGUGGUCGUCUCUGAAGUCCAGCCACAAGUCAGUGAAGUUCCAUUAGAAAACCAAACGAUGUCGGGCAAAUUUGCCCAGUCAAGCCAAGUGAUCCAGGAAGCACCAGUCACUCAAGAAGUAACCGUGAUGGACUUUACGACUCAGAAAUCGAUGGACAAUCUUGUUGAGGAACGUCCCACUGUCAACAUUACCGAACAACGGGCCGUUUCUGUCCAGCAAGUCGUCGAAGGAUCGACUGCUACUGAACUCGUUCCAGAUGUCAAGAAGAAGAGCAAAAAGGCGACGAGAGCUCAAAUAGAACGAACGGAAAUCAGCGUAGGAGACGUUCAACUCGCAUUCAAAGAAGCUCCGCUGGAAGAGUUCAGUGCUGGACAGCCGCAGUCCGCUCGUUGGGUGAAGGAAGAACAGCGCACAGUGCAGAUAAGUCAAGUUCAAACUGAGAUGAAAGAAGAGCCACUGGAAAUUGUCAAACCUACCAGCAAGACGGCGAUGGCCAGUGUUCCAGAAAAACAGACGGUCGUCAUCAGCCAAGAUGUUUUGAUGGACUUUACCCUUCCGCAGACGGCCAAGGUGGUCGACAGCGUGACGCCUGUCGUCAACGUUGCAGAGCACAGGGCCGUCAGUGUCGCGCAGGUAGUCGAGGCAUCCAGCGAGUCCCAAUUGGUCCCUGAAUUCAAACCGAAGAGCAAAAAAGCUAACCGUCACUUACCAGAAAAGACAGAGACCACUGUGUUCCAGGUUGAAACUGUCGACAAGGAAGCGCCAAUUGAAGCCUUCGUUGCAGUGCCCAGUCAACUGGCCAACGUCUCGGCUGACGAACAGAGAACAGUCCACGUGACUCAAGUCGUUUCUGAAAUGAAGGAAGUUCCUUUAGAAUCUCAAAUGCCAUUGGGAAGGAAGGCAAAAAUGGACGUUCAAGAAGCGAUUGCACGUACGACGCAAGAACAACUUCCGUUGGAUGUCACUAUUCUUCACAAAUCGAGACCGACCGAAACCGAAACAGCUUUUGUGGUCCAUCCGGAAAAGAAAGCGCUGUCUGUCAGCACGGUCGUAGAGUCUUCAACGGAAUCUGAAAUGGCCCCGUCGGUCCAACCCGAAAGGAAAACGGCUAAAGCCAGUGUGUCGCAAUCCGAAGCGAUUUUCAGUAGUCAAAACCUCUUGAUGGACACAAUCGAACGUCAGACUGAAGAAAAAGCUGAAUUGGAAAAGCCCGUCGUCAGAAUGACGGAACAAUUGGCCGUUAAUGUGGGCCAAGUCGUCGAAAGCUCCACCGAAGUUGAACUGGUUCCCCAAGUGAAGAAGAAGACCAAAAAGGCCACGAGGGUGUUGCCAGAGAAAAACGUCACGUCUGUCCAGGAUGUUGACGUGUCUUUCAAAGAGGCUCCUUUGGACGAAUUUGUUCAAGGGCCAGUUCAAUCAGCCACCGUGUCAGCACCUGAGGAGAAACGCACCAUCCAGGUGGCAGAGAUACAAACGUCGGUCAGUGCUGCACCUCUUGCGGUCACUCGAAGACCUUCUGCCGAAACGGUUAGAGCUCGACUACCUGAAAACCAAGCAGCUGUCCAGCAAGAAACGGUUGCCAUGGAUUUUACGGUUCCAAAAGCAGUGGCUACUGUCAUCGAAGAAUUGCCUAAUGUCAGUGUCAUCGAACACAAGGCCGUCUCAAUCGAUCAAGUCGUCGAAGGAUCGACUGGAGCUGAGCUCGUUCCCGAAAUCAAGAAAAAGGCCAAAAAGGCAACUCGAGUUCUGCCGCAGAAAACAGAAACGAGCGUCAGCGAUGUCCAGGUAGCCUUCAAAGAGGUGCCUAUGCAAGAUUUCACCGUCGGCCAAAGUCAGACCGCCGUUGCGGUGAUGGACGAGAGUAAAACGCUUGAAAUUAGUCAAACGCAAUCGUCAAUCAGAGAGGAAGUGCUGGAAAUCGAGAAACCAAAGAGAGGAACAGCUAAAUCGCGAUUACCGGAAGCGGAGACAGUUGUGGUUAGCGAGAACGUUGUCAUGGAUUUCGCUGCACCGCAGACAGUGGCCGAAACUGAAAAACCUACUGUGACCCUACAGGAACAAAAAGCCGUCAGCGUUUCUCACGUGGUGGAAGCUUCCAGCGAGUCUGAACUCGUUGCGGAAGCGAAGCCCAAAUCGAGAAAGGCCAGCCGUUCGUUGCCUCAGCGCAGCGAAGAGAUCGGCGUAGCUCAAGUCGAACUGACGGAGACGCUUUCGGAUCUAGAUCGUUUACCAGCUGCAGUUCAAGCCUCGUCCAGGGAUAUUCCGCUGGUCAAAGAGACGGCCGAUGUAACUGAACAAGUCGUUAAUAUCGCACCCGAAGAAGAUGUCAGUUUCAGCGACGAUAGCUUCCAAAGUUUGGCUUCUUCGUCGUCGACACUGAUCGAAGACACUAUGAUGACGGCGGCUAGCAGUCUGGAAGAUCUGGUAGAAGAAGUGCAGCUACCGGUAGUCAUUCAAGAAGAAAUCGAAGAUGUUGAGGCCUCUUUUCCAAUUGCCUUCGCCAAAGGACGAAGAUACGAUUUCGCAAGAGUUCAGCAUCGGAUUGAAACCGAAAUCGGAGCCUGUAGUCGAGUCUGAGGAUGUCCAGGCAACUGUCAAACUGGCCGAGGAUGUGGUGGAUGUCUCCGCGUCGAAAAAGAUCAUCAAGAAGAAGAAGAAGAAGGUCGUCAAAGAGGAUGUCGAAGAAUCCGUUACCAUUCAAGCGACAAAGAGCGAAGAACAGCUAGUCGAAAGCGCGGCCGUUUUCAAAUUGAAGCAGCAAGUUAUGCAUGACACUCCUUGGCAGGAUGUCGAAGAAGAAUACGUUUU